UAAUUUCACACAUAAUCCCGGAGAGAUGUUACAGGUUGGGCUGGGCCUCCCUGGCUCCCCAAGGGGUGCUGCAGAAGAUUUCCCUUUGGAUCAGCUGGGAAAGAGGAGCAGGUCCUACUCGGCCCUGGUGAGCUCAGGUGGAGGUGAUAUGGAAGCCACACAAGGGCCAGCUGAUUCUCCUCAAGUCCCAGUGCUGAUCAUCUCGGAGGCUGAGACUUGGGACAUCGAUGCAUCCUCUUGCGUGGGCUGUGGACAGUAUGUGGAUUGGGAGAAGAUGCCCGAGUUGGAUCAGCAGCCAAGCGCUCACAGUCAGAGUCUCACCCAAACCAGCAAAGAGCUGAAAAAGCUGGCAAGAGAAGGCCAUUGGGCUACCAACCAUGCAUUAAGAGCUCGGACUUACCAGCAGAUCAUCCAGCACAUCCCGUGCCGGCUUGUGACCCCCGACGCUCUGGUUUACAGGGAUGUCGCAAGCAGGCUGUUUGGAAAGCAGAGUGUGAGCUCACACCCCUUGCCUGAAUUCCUUGGAGGGUGCAGGAUGCCCACUUACUGCCUGACUAUGGAAGGUGUAACCGCCGUGAAGAAAAUACUCAUCUGCCUUGGCAACCUCUUCCCUGACAUCACCUACAGCCCAAUCCUCCCCGCUGUCGUGGCCCUGCUGCUGCACUACAGUGAAGAUGAAGCUCAAUGCUUUGAGAAUGUCUCUCACCUCAUCGCUUGUAAUGACUCCCAUACCAGCUACAUAGACCAGUCCUUCCUGGCCCACCAGGCCUCCUGUAUGACUUUUGGGGAUCUGGCCAAGAAGCACUGCCCAGCAGCCCACAGAUUAAUAGCCAGCACCUCUGAGAAUGUCUUUGAGGUCUAUUCUGAAUGGUUGGAGUGGAUAUUUGGAGACCUUCCAUUUGAUUACGCUAUCCGCGUACUUGAUGUGUACCUGCUGGAGGGACAGAAAGUCCUCUACCGGAUUGCUCUGGCCUUGCUGAGGCAACACAGGCUCUCGAUGACCUCCGGAGAACUGGAAGUGACCAAUGUCAAAGGAGAUUUGAAGGCUUUCAUGCAGAACAUUAGGGAACACAUGACGGCUGACAAGCUGCUGGAGAGAGCCUUUAGUAUUCGGCUGUUCUCCCGCAAGGAAAUCUGGCUUCUUCAGAUGGCCAACAGGAAAGCGCUAGCGGAGAAAGGUGUAACUGUGGUGCAGCGCAGGCAGCUGUUCCACCUGGCAGUAGACAUGCUGAAUUUCAGCUCCGCCAUCGUAACUGCUCAGGAGAUGCGCAUCGUGUGGUCCUGGAUUCCUGAGAGAUUCUCCCUAUUCCCACCUGUCCUGUUAUUCUCCACCUCAGAAAACGGAUACAGCCUGCAAAGGUUUUACUCAUGCUGUGAAGAUUACGAACCAACAGUACUGCUCAUAAAAACAACCCAGGGGGAAGUGUGUGGUGCGUUCCUCUCGUCUGACUGGAAUGAAAGGAAAAAGACUGGGGGAACGUCCAGCUUCUUUGGAACAGGGGAAUGCUUUGUUUUCAGCGUACGUCCUGAAAUGGAGAGAUACGAGUGGGUGUUCAUCAAGAAACCAGAGCUGACCAAAGCAGUGCCGCGCUCCCCACGCCAGCGCCUUCCUUCUCCCGCCUCCCCUGUCCUCAGCACAUCUCCUCCCGGUGGCCACUUAGCCAGUUCAAACCAUCUGACUGUGCCCGUGUUGCAGAGGGCUAAAGGUCGCCUCUCCCCAUACCUGGCAAUCAGACACUUCCUCCUGCCUUCGAAAACAGCCUCCAUGUUCAUGUCCGGGACUCGGGAAGGAAUCAUUAUCGGUGGUGGUGGAGGCCAAGCUCUGUACAUUGAUGCUGACCUCUACUAUGGGAGAACGGAGCACUGCGAGACAUUUGACAACCCUCCUCUCUGUCAAGAGAACUUCCAGGUGCAGCUCCUGGAAGCCUGGGGCUUUCGAAAUGCCUAAUCACCGUGAAAUCGCCGCUCCCUGCACCAUAUUAAAGAUUGAGAGAUUCCUCUCCACUACACAGGACACCAUGGCUGGUGAUGAGCCAGUUGCCAUCAGAUGACACACAGAUGCCUGACUCUAAUGGAGGGAGUCCACACAUGGAUUUCUCUUACGGCUCUGAACCUCACUGCUGUUAGCCAUUCUCCAUAUCUUUCCUCUCUGUCAUAAUGUACUGUGAUGGCCAUGGAUGAGGAAAACAAAGUGCCACAAGGCAGCGUUAUAUUAUGGGCACUGCCAUACUAUAAAUGUUUAAUAAUCAUUAAUAACAAAGGUCCAGAACCUUCACACAAAAAUCAAACCAAACCCCAAACUUUCUGAGGUUUGAAAAAGCUGAGUUAAUUUUUGGGAGGGAGCAGACUGGAUUCUAUCAGUUUUCUUAUCUCUCUAUGUUCUUGGCUUCACUUUGAAGUAGAAAUACCACAAACCUCAUGAUAUCCAGCACUGGGCUAUGAAUCUUGCUGGGAAGAUUGACCUGUAAUUUACAAGAUCUCCAUCCUGGUUCCAAGCCCAAAAUGGUUCUUAUAACCAUGAGCGGAACCUAUAUCAUCUUUGAGGAUCAACAGUCACUAUUAGAAGUGACACCUGUUAGUCCUCGUAUAACAUAAUACAAGCAUCUUUCAUGUACAGCUACCAUUGUUAGCAAUGGAAGUUGCCAGAUAGUUACCAUCAGAGCUGUGCCCAUUAAUUUUCUGUACCAUCUCUUAAAAUGAAACCCAUCAGGAUAAAUUGCAGGUGUCCUCAAAUACCCACUAGGCUCUACUCCAGCCUGAAUAAGUAUAACUUCGUAGUUGUGCAUUUGCACUACACAUGAAUGCAGGCAGGUGAUCUGCUUCUUGAAUGGACAGGUAAUGCAGGACAACAGCAGAUCACAGUGGGCCUUUGGUAUGAAAAGCUCGGAGAACUGUGGGGAUCAGGAGGUUCCCUAGAGGGAAUAUUUUUGCCUACUAUCUCUACAGGCUUCAGCCCUCUCAACGUUUUCCAUAAUAUGACACUUCAGUAAAAGGUUUGUCAUAGGAACAGAAUUACCUUCUCACUCCAUGAGGUAUGGCUCUCAGGAUCAGAGUUGCAACAUGUCAAUGGGCCAGUCCAAGAAAGCGCCCUGCCAUACACCUGUUUUGUGGAUAAAGAGAGGGCUUCAAUUCCCAGGACUGUCAAUCACAGCACUAAAUUCAUCUAAAAAUAUGGAAAUCCGCAGCUAUAUCAUUUAUUGCCAUCAAAGGCUGACCAGCAUAAUAUCUUAUUGUAAACCCCCCCACAUUGUGAUGUUUAUAUUCACAUGAAAAUGUGUAUUCAGAGAAAAGGCUUAGGAUGGUAGUUGCAAGAAUCUAAAUGGUUAACACAUCUAACAGUCUAAUCUAACAUCUCAUAGUUAUCAACAUCACGAUAAUAGUAGACCCAUCAUGAGGAAAGAUGAAAUAUUAACAUAUACAUGCUGACAGGUAGGAUAAAUACACUUAAUGGGUUUUGGAACCUAUGUGUAAACCAUUUAGCUUGCAGAAGGAAAACGUAUUCAAAGUCCAAAUACAUUUUUCCAUUUACAAUCUGAUUUUUCUUGUGUUCAUUU